GUUAUAUAGCAAACCCGAAAGAAGAAAAUAAAUACUGUCAUUGUAUUGAUCUUUAAAUACAGAACACUCAGAGAUAACUGUUCCUAAGGAAUUUCUGCGUUGACUGCUUGGGUUACUGCAUACGAACGGAGCUGGUAUUAUUAUGGGGAUAUAGAUUUGCUAUACUGGACUGUAAAUUUGCACAAAUACUUAUACCAGCAAUAAUCAAGAGGCACCGCAUAUUAGCCCAAAUAUUAGACAUUGGUUGGCCCGUCUUUCAAAGUCAUUUAUUAUCCAGUGUUUCUCCAUUCAGACUGGCUUCAUUCAUUAAAGCUGCACAAACCAUGCAGGAUGAUUUACUGAUGGACAAAAGCAAAGCCCAGCCCCGGCAGCAGCAGCAGCAAGAUCCAAACGCAGCAGAAACCCCUUCUACACCCAUCUCAUCAGAGACGUCUAAACCGGAGGACAGCAGCCCAGUGACUAGUAUCGGUACAGCAACUUCUGUCCAAAAUAGUAAGGAGAAGAUGCAGAUGGAGUCCCCCAUCUUGCCUGGCUUGAGUUUUCACCAGCCUCAGCAGGAACCUACACCCGGCACCUCGUCUCCCUCCUUCGGCAGCACCUGGUCUACAGGGACCACAAACACAGUGGAUGAUAGCUUUUUCCAAGGGAUUACCCCAGUCAAUGGCACAAUGCUUUUCCAGAAUUUCCCUCACCAUGUCAACCCUGUGUUUGGUGGCACUUUCUCUCCCCAGAUCGGCCUAGCUCAGACUCAGCACCACCACCAUCAGCAGCAGCAAGCGCAACAGCAGCAGCAAAGAAGAUCACCUGUGAGUCCCAAUCAGGCACCUUUUGCCCAGAGAAAUGCUGCUUACAGUCAUCAGCCCAUUAUGACCAGCAAACCGUCUUCCUCCUCUGCCUCUUCCUCUUCCUCCUCCAGCUGGAAUAAUCACCAAAACGCAGCCUGGAGUACACCUUCCAACCCCUGGGGUGGGUUGCAAGCUGGCAGGGACCCUCGAAGGGCAGUAGGAGUGGGGGUUGGGGUAGGAGUGGGGGUUGGGGUGCCUUCCCCCCUCAAUCCUAUUUCACCCCUCAAAAAACCUUUCUCCAGCAAUGUCAUUGCCCCUCCGAAGUUCCCACGGGCUCCACCCUUAACCCCCAAAUCCUGGAUGGAGGACAAUGCCUUCAGGACCGACAAUGGCAACAGUCUGUUGCCUUUUCAGGACCGGAAUAGGCCCUAUGACACUUUUAACUUGCACUCUUUGGAAAAUUCCUUAAUGGAUAUGAUAAGGACUGAUCAUGAGCCUCUGAAAGGUAAACACUACCCUCCCAGUGGCCCACCAAUGAGUUUCGCUGAUAUAAUGUGGAGGAAUCAUUUUACAGGGCGUAUGGGAAUAAACUUCCAUCAUCCAGGAACAGAUAAUAUUAUGGCUCUUAACACCAGGAGCUAUGGGCGGAGAAGAGGUCGGUCGUCACUCUUUCCUUUUGAAGAUGGCUUCCUAGACGACAGUCACGGUGAUCAGUCUUUAUCAUCGGGUCUCAGCUCUCCAACUCGCUGUCAGAAUGGUGAAAGAGUGGAACGCUAUUCUAGAAAGGUGUUUGUUGGAGGUCUGCCUCCUGACAUUGAUGAAGAUGAAAUCACUGCCAGCUUUCGUAGGUUUGGACCUCUUGUGGUGGACUGGCCUCACAAAGCUGAAAGCAAGUCAUAUUUUCCACCUAAAGGUUAUGCCUUUUUGCUGUUCCAAGAGGAAAGUUCUGUACAAGCACUGAUAGAUGCCUGUCUGGAAGAAGAUGGAAAACUUUACCUAUGUGUGUCAAGCCCCACCAUCAAAGACAAACCAGUGCAAAUUCGACCUUGGAACCUAAGUGACAGUGAUUUUGUAAUGGAUGGUUCUCAGCCAUUGGACCCAAGAAAAACUAUCUUUGUAGGGGGAGUUCCACGUCCCCUCCGAGCUGUUGAACUGGCAAUGAUUAUGGACCGUUUAUAUGGAGGUGUCUGCUAUGCUGGCAUUGAUACGGACCCAGAAUUGAAGUACCCAAAAGGUGCUGGCAGAGUGGCUUUCUCCAAUCAGCAGAGCUAUAUUGCUGCUAUUAGUGCUCGCUUUGUCCAGCUCCAACAUAAUGACAUUGAUAAACGGGUGGAAGUGAAGCCAUAUGUGUUGGAUGAUCAGAUGUGUGAUGAAUGCCAGGGCACUCGCUGUGGUGGAAAAUUUGCUCCAUUCUUCUGUGCCAAUGUUACCUGUUUGCAGUAUUACUGUGAAUACUGCUGGGCAAGCAUACACUCUCGUGCUGGGCGAGAGUUCCACAAACCACUGGUGAAGGAGGGAGGUGACCGGCCACGCCAUGUUCCAUUCCGCUGGAGCUGAACCCUAUGCUUAAACCCAGCAGCAAGUACUGGAGUAGAUAAAAUCGAGGGGAAAAGAAGAGAACACUGCCUCAGGGCUUAGUAUUCUGGAAAUCUGUGCAUUUGUCAUCGACUUUAAUGAAGAUAUGGGUCUUUUUAUUACUAUUAUUAUUAUUAUUUACAGUCACAUUACUGAACUCAGUGUCCAGUAUAAUACAAACCGGCAGAGUGUAAUAACUGUACUGAUUUUGCACUUUGAUUCACACAAACAUCUGCUUGGUACCUUAAUUUCCUACAUAAGACUUGUCACUAGUGACAUUACGUAGACUGCCAUUCUCAUCAGCCAUCACUGGGUUGAUGUGUAUGUGAUGAAGAUUUUUUAUUAUAAUUAUUUUUAUUUUUGAACUGGAGCAUGCACUUAUUUUCAGAAACUUAGACUUGCCCCUAGCAGAUGACUUACCAAAGGUAAUACUCACAAAUAGGUGGCAGAUGUAGCAAAAACUUAAACAGAAAUUCAGCAAUUAGUUUGGGCCAUUUAGAGGUAGGAAUAACCCUUAAAGAAAAUAAGCCUUUAGUUGCUCUCCAUUUUGACUUGUAAGGAUGAUACCUCAUAAGCUGGAUCAGAUUUUUUUUUUCUCUGUUUUGCUGAGGGGUUUUUUUUUUUGUUUUUUUGUUUUUAGGUCCUAGUGUUAUGUAAAUGUAUGCUGCAAUAGCUUUUGCUGCUAUUAAAAUGGUAUUACUAAUACCAUAAUACUCUAUUCAGGCUAGGGUAUCAAUUUAAAAAAAAUGAAUAUGUGAUUAAAAAUAGUGAUGGCUGCUGAAAGGAGAUCAGUAUAUCAUACAGAAAGCUUCCAAGGAAGGUCAAUAUUUUUGACUGCAUGUUUACUUAAUCAGGUUGCUGCAUGCAAUAAAUUUUAUAUAUGUCUAAUAUAAAAGCUGCCCACAAUGCACAAAUUAAGAAUCUAUGUAAGCUACAAAAUACUGAGUAAAGGAAAAAAUGAUUACUGACUGGAGGAAGGCAUGCCUCCGUAAAUGUAAUGCUUCUGAAAUUAGGAUCAGCCCAUUACAGAAUGACCUAUAUUACAGCAAAUAUAAAAAGUAGAUGUAGGAUAUCCUUAAAACAAAUUUGUGGAUGGUAGAUGAAGUACUUUGCGGUGCUCUGUUAUAUAUUGUGCAAUUUAUUUUAUAUAGUAAAGUGAUUAUGUCUAGUACUGUGAUCAAACUUAACUGUUAAAGCCUCAUAUCCAACAUUAACACACUUUUCACAGUUUAUAAUAGGCAUAUAAACAAAAACAUGAGCUCUUAGUUACAAUCUCUCUCCUAAUGCUUGCACCAUUUAUGUAGCUGCAGACCUUGUCCAGAGAACCAAAGAGCUCAUACUAGCUUACAUACACUAUUGUUUAGAUAGACUGUCAAACUGAGAAACUAGGCACAUUUUUAAGAAAGUUAGGAAAAAGGUGGGGUUCUAAAGAAAUGUCUGCACACAAGUUAAUAUGAGAUGUCUGCUUUCUGGGUGUGGCGUUAACUCUUUGAUCCCUGGAUGUAUCCUGUGAUGCUUGAAUACAAUGAAGACCUGCUAACACAGUAGACAUUUAUUUAGCAUGUCCUGUAGGACUGUAGAUAAUAGGAUAAAAACACACUUGGUGUACUUAUGAUUGUGAGACUGUGUACACUGUUCCCCUCCUCCCUCCUUUGUUUUGCAGUUUUGGGGACAAUCUGACUGGAUAUGACACCGCACAGUAGAUUUAAAUGUUCUGGGUUUUGUUUGUUGUGAUGUCCUUGUUUUGUGUCUAAUUUAGUACGAUUUUUUUUUGUCAACAUGUAGUUGCAAUUAUUGGCUUUGAAAGAAACUUUUCUGUUUUUGAAAAAAGAAAAAUAGUUUUUUACUGGUUUAAAUGCUUAUUAUAAUUAUCCCUUUCAAGGUUACUUCUGGGCUUUUUUGGUGAUAUUGUGUUUCCAGCCCAGAUGUCUUUUGUUUCAUCUGUAAAAGACAUUUUGUUAUGCACUACUUUUUGUAUCUAGACAGUUUUCAACAGUCGGCCAAUGAUUUUUUUUUAAAGAAAAAGGCAUGCUUUCUGACUGACAUGAUCUUUUGCAAUACCUCAAUUUUGAAAUAUAGGAAUAAAAUGAUAUUUUCUAAGUAGUUUAUUCAGAAAAAUAUAUAUUAAUUUAAUUCUGCAAGAAAUGAUUUAACAGAUGGGUAACUUUAUUUUUUUCAUGCUUAUUUGCAUUUUUUGAAAAUGAAGACGUUAAAGCUUUAUAACUGUAAUAUUAAAAAUCAUAGCUAACCUACAGAAAUCUACCUAAUUAUGUGAAAUAAGUAAACCUUUUUGAAGAAAUUCCCCUCUUUCAUGUAGACACACACCCCAGAGAGAGAGACAGACAGAUGAUGUACAGUACAGCAUAAAGUUGGAUUAAAACUAAACAACAAAGUUGUCGUAAAUAAAAUGUGUAAACACAAACUCCAUUUGGUGCUGAAAGUUGUGAACAGAAGGUGAAGAAAUAUUUUCCCUUAAUUUGUAUAUUUAUAAUCAAGUGUGAUUAUGCACGACUGACCAGAAUGUGAGAGUUCUUCUGUUUGUAUUUUUAGAAGAGAACUUUUUAGUUUAUUAAAUUUAACAUGCUCCCUUUUGUUUUGUACAUGAAUGUGCCCCUGAGUUAUUAAUGUUCUAUUAAGAGGGUCCUUCAAAAAAAUAUUUUUUAAAAUAAGGUGUUCUGAACUGCAACUUGAUUAAGAAACCCCUGGGUACAACAGGUCCUAUGUGGCCUUUUCUGUUGUGAGACUUGAACUAGUUGAUUUUUUUGAAGGCUAACCUAACCUCGACUAUUUGUUGUUAUGUGCAAUACUGUUUGUACUGUUUGUAUAUAAAAAAGAAAAAUGAAAAGAAAAAAGGCAUAAUCUUUAUUGCAGAUUUAUUUCAUUGCAGACUUUAGACGUGAUUCACUAAGAUCAUUUUUCUACUGUCAAUAUGUACCUUUUCUUCAUGCUGGUAUAUUUUCAAUAGUAAUGUAGCCUUUGUACUGAGACAAAUUUUCAUUGUUAUUUUUAGAAAGAUUUUUUGCUAAGAAAAAAAUUAAACAUAUUUACAUAUUUUUCAUUUUUAUUUCAUAUUUCUUUAAGGAGUGCUUUCUCAACCAUUAAUAUAGUUAUUUCUGGGAGAGACUUUCAUAUCUGGUCAAUGUCAUUAAUAUUAUUUUGUAUUUUACUUGGAAUAAAUUAAUUUUAUUAUGCUAAUUCUUUAAAAGUUUAUUUUUUUCAUUUUCAGUUAUUUUUGAAGCUAAAACCUUUGUAAUAAUGUUACUAAAGUGUCUAGUUUUUGAAAUGCAAAGCUUUAUGUAUUAACUUGCUGAUGUGGUUUACAAUAGUGUGGCAAUGAUGAAAAUGGUUAUAUAAAGUGAUUGGAAAAUGU